AUGGGGGAGCCCUACGAAGACUCAGUUAUCAUGGAUGAUCAGGCAGGUGCCGACGCCCAAUCCAGAACACAGGCUCGGUCGCCCUUGACCAAGACUCGGUCCAUGUCGGAUGGAGGAGGCACUCCCUCGAAACUAUCGCCCUCGCCGCACAUUGUCGAGGCAUCUCGACGAACUUCUAAAGACGACAGCACCAUCCGCGACACCCCUACCCCCGUCACGCCCCGUCGCACAGACUUCAACUCUCGCGGCUUCCCUCCACCCCGUCGCGAGUUUACUCCUCCCGCUGGAGCCUCGAAUCCUUACGUUAAACCCGCUCCUCUCUCUCCCAAGCUCGACCAUUCACAAAUAUACGCCUCGCCGACAAACAUCCUUCCUCGUCGCUCCCGCGGCCUCGACUUCUCGCGCGCCGCGACGAGCCUACACCACUCGACCCUCGCUGAGCAGUCUUCUCCAGACUCGUCCCCUACCGCGGGUGGCCGGGCGAUGAACAUACCGAGCCGGAGGAGCAAUUAUGGAGGGCCAGAGCUGACUUCGACAUCCCUGUGGUCCGUCAUGGGCAAUCAGGAGAAGAUGCACGUCAGUAGUUCUCUCGGGAGCACCCACGCUGUCGGGUCAGAUUCUUCGAGCUCUUCGGAUGACGAUGAUUUGAUGGAUGAGGACAUGGACGAAUCCUAUGUCACAACACCCCAGGUUUCUAAGAUGGGCCCGGCCAUGGGUCCUCAAGGCCCAAGCAUCCCGUUCGGAUCUCCUGCCAUGAGCAGCCUGAUGAGCUUCCAGCAACGCCAGCGUCCGCGCAAGCAACAAAAGAAGAAGGCGCGCGGACACUUGAGCCUUGGCUUUAGCAGUGCUUCAGCGUCUAUUUCCAAAUCGCCUCCUAGCAGUGCAUCUCGUGCAAGACGAGAGAGCAUAAGUUGGCAGGCGAACCAAUUACACAUUUCUGGGGCAGACGCAGACGAGGGGAGGAUGAUGGGCGAUAUUGAUGGCCUCGGAGCAGACGGGCAGCGGGGUGUGAUAAGGAGGGUAGUUACGCGCCGUGGUAAUCUCCUGCCCAAGACGAAGACAUUUGCUCGAAUUCGGGCGGCCCUCCUGGAGGAAAGCGCACCGGCUGAUACUGAGUUUCGACGAGAAGCGGAAGUGGUCAAACAGGUUCGCGAAAGCGACAUGGACCUUGAGCCUAGGAUCCCUCAAGCAACUGUCACAGAGUCUACUCAAACCACGACAACGGCGCCUUCCUCGCCCAACAUGACGCAGCAGGACCCCUUGAGUGAUGUCGCCGAGGACGACAUGAUGGGUGACCUGUCCACAGGCCUCUCAAGCAGUUUUAAGCAACAUGUCAUUAAGAAUUCUAAAGGCAAGACUUUCUGGGACAACUUCUCCGAGUCGAGUAGCAUGGGUGGUGCAAGAACUACACCUCCCCCAGCUGCCUUCCUGGCACGAGGCUCCUCCUCUGGCGUUAGCGAAGAUGUUGCGAUGGACUCUCCGUCCCUUGGCGGACCUCCUGGUUUUCCGCCGUCCCAGAACUACGGUCCUCAGCCACCCAGUGCAGCCGAAAUUACUCGUCGUAUCAAUAGCAAACGUCGCCGCGAUGACGACUUUGAUCCUAUUAGCUUUAAGCGCCGCGCUGUCAGCCCCGGUAUGAGUGCCCACAACUCGCCCAUUAUGCAGAGUCCCCUUCAGCGCGAUGUCCAGCCGUGGACCUCUGGUUCCCGACCUGGAAGCAAUGGCGGCGAUAAGGCUGGCAGCAGUGCACCCAGCGAGUCCGGCAGCACUCCAGGUAACCUGUCCGGCGCCAGCUCCUCUGCUGCACCUUCUGGCCGCCUUAGCAAGGGACGAAUCGGUUUCCAGGGAAUGAUCGAUACACACGACGGUAUCAUGCGGAUGAGCAUUGAGUAG